AUGAGAGCAACAGAUGGUUUACAAGGUCAAGGGUGGAGGACUGGUAGUUCAUCAUCUGACUAUAAUAAAGCUCCAGAACCUGCCCAUACAAAUGGCUUCCAACAAGAGGAGGAGGUUGCUGGUUGUCACACUGAUUCUCCGGGGGUGGCAGGUAGUUCAAUCCAGCACAAACAAUCUUGUCCAAAUCCAGCUGGUCCAUCAAAUCAAAGAAGGGAGGAUUCUCUCCAAGUGGUGCAGGGCACAGACCUGGUGGUGUAUGAUGAAAAUCCAAUUUCUGGGAAAAUGAUAUCUAUUAGAGAAAAAGCAAAUGAAGGGGAGACUAUGGCUUUGGACAUACCUAUUACAGGGGUAGUGCCUAUUAAGAAUGGAGAACAGGGGGAACCAAUUAAUACAGGAACUUCUAAGAGGACAUGGAAAAGAGUUGGGAAGACAUUGCAAGAAUGUGGGAGCUGGAUGAAAGUGGAGGUUAAGAAUGGCAAGAGCCUUAGAAUUUGGGAUAAACACUGGAUUCCUGAUUUUAUUGGCCAAGAAGUCCAGCUUUUACCUGGAGUGGAGAGGGACAUUCAUUGGGUUAGUGACCUUCUGCAAGAGGAUGGAAGAGGGUGGGAUGAGGUUAAAGUUAGAGCCACUUUCACAACAGACUUCUGUAAUUCUAUUCUGAGUAUAAAGUCUCUGAAACCUGAUCAAGAAGACUUCUGGAAAUGGUGGAGGUUUGUUAGUGGUUCUUAUGUUUGUCUUCCCAUCUGUGAUGGUGCUCUCACUUGCCGGAUAUUAUGA